AUGGAGAAUAAGGAGAAACUUCACUCUGUCAGGAAAUGUUUCACCUGCACUCAGUGUGGAAAGAGUUUAACGUCCAAAUACAGUCUCAAGCUUCACAUGAUGAUUCACACCGGAGAGAAACCGUUCGCAUGUACUGAGUGUGGGAAGAGUUUCAGAGACUCCUCAAACCUUAGUCAACACAUGAACGUCCACACUGGAGAGAAAACGCACAAGUGUGAUCACUGCGACAAAACAUUUUUGAAGGCUUCAAACCUGAAGUGGUCGCUGACGUCAUCAGCCGCGCGCGCUUCCGUCUCUUUUUUUCGCGCCUCCGUGUCUUCUGAGGCGAUUCGAGAGCUGACGAUGGAGAAUGAGGAGAAACUUCAUGGUAAGAACCGUUUCACCUGCACUCAGUGUGGAAUGAGUUUGUCCAAACGGAGUUUCCGCAAUCACAUGAUGAUCCACACUGGAGAGAAACCAUUCACAUGUACCGAGUGUGGGAAGAGGUUCAGAGACUCAGGAAACCUUAAAUCACACAUGCUGAUCCACACUGGAGAGAAAACACACAAGUGUGAUGAAUGCGGCAAAACAUUUAUGAGGGCUUCAGCGCUGAAGAGCCAUCUUAGCGUUCAUACUAACGAGAAGCCGUAUUCGUGUUCUGAGUGUGGGAAGAGUUUUAGACAUCAGUCGAAUUAUAAAAAACAUCAGAAGAUCCACACUGGAGUGAGAGAGUACAUGUGCUUCGAGUGUGAGAAGACUUUUUUUACAGCUGGACAUUUGAAACGGCACGAGAGGACUCACACUGGAGAGAAACCAUACAAGUGUUCACACUGCGACAAGAGAUUCAGCCGUUCAGGACAUCUGGAAAAACAUCUGAGGACUCACACUGGAGAGAAACCGUACAAGUGUUCACACUGCGACAAGAGAUUUAGUGCGUCAGAUCACAUGAAAAGACAUGAGAGGAUUCACACUGGGCAGAAACCUUAUAAGUGUACAUGCUGCGACAAGAGAUUCAGUUGUUCAGGAUAUCUGAAAACACACAAAAUGAUUCACACUGGAGAGAAACCGUACAAGUGUUCACACUGCGAUAAGAGCUUCAGACUUUCAGGAGACCUGAAAAGACAUGAGAGGGUUCACACUGGAGUAGGGCUAGGCGAUAUGGGCAAAAAAUCAGAUGUCUGUAUUUUUGGGAGUGAAGGGACUCACUGGUGAUCAAAACCAGUUUGAAUCAGGUUUGGCCAAAACUUGACUAGUCAUCAAAUAAACAGAAACGAAUGACUACACAUAUAAA